GACGCAUUCACUUUGCGCCGCAGCGGCUCGACACGGAGGAGCGGCAUGGAACCGGCGGGCCGGCUUUGGGCACUGGGACGGAGUGUGUGCCUUAUACUUACUGGUACAAUACGAAGAAACUUCUCGGCACAAACCAGUGGUGAGGUCCGUAUAAGAAAUGUAUUAAAGGAGAGAUUUCCACAGGCUUCGUUGGUCAAGGUGGUGGAUAUAUCAGGAGGUUGUGGAGCCAUGUAUGAAGUCCACAUUGAAUCAGUCGAAUUUAAAGGAAAGCGACUUGUGCAACAGCACCAGAUGAUCAACCAGGCAUUAAAAGACGAAAUACAAUCCAUGCACGGACUGAGGAUAUUUACUGCUGUUCCAAAGUAGCCAAAGGAGCUUGGCGGAGAGGAGGGACAUCGACAGAACGGAAUGGAAAAUAGACCAAAAUGUGCAACAAUAGGAUGAACUGUACACGUUCUUGGUGAAUGUGUGAAUGUGAACAGGAAUGAGGUCCUGUGGUGAGCCAAGAAGGUGUGUCCCAGCACUAGAUACAUCUUCUGUACUUGACUGAUUGUUCACAAGCACCUGAGAAUUUGAUCAUGAACAAUUCUAGAUCUAUAAACAGGAAAUGACUUACAAAGAGAAGAUGAUAAACACAAUGUAAUUUUUCUGUGUAGAAGACCUUGAUCUACAUUCUUUACACUACCUACCAAAGAAUUCAAAUGGUGAUGGUUGGAUGUACUGGGGAAACACAAUAGGCAAGUCAGCAGCGGAAUAAUUCAUUAUAUUUCAAAAUAUUGACUUAUUAUCACAUGUAUCGGGGUACAGUGAUAAAACUUUCGCUUUGAAUGUUAUCUGAGAUCGAAAACAGGAAAAGUUAUAAAAGCAGUAUGUAGUGUUACAGAGAAAGUGCAGGCAGGUAAUAAGCUGCAAGUUCACAACGAGGUGUUAACGUCAUUCAAUGAUACGUGCAUAUGGUCAAACGAGACAGCAUUACUCUGGAGUUGAAGUGCAAAUCAAAGUAUCAGCAGUCACACACAAAUGCAGAUGGUUUCAUGCCAUAAAGGAGUCUUGAAACCCACACCAUCAGUUCACUGCCAACCACAAUAAAGCCCAUCUCCCGUUGAGUGAACAACAUCCUAUUGCACAACAUUCAUUCAAUAGUCUUAUGACGGUAGAAGCCGUCCUUGUUCAAAGUUCGAUAGUAAAUUUAUUAUCAAAUUAUACACCAUAUACUCCUUGAGCCCAAAGUUUCCGCUUUUGUAUCUUCUCUCCAAUGAGAGGAGGGAGAGGAGAGAUUGUCCAGGGUGAAUCAGAUGGGGUCUUUGUAUUGGCCACUUUCCUAAAGCAGUGAGAACCCUAGCCAGAGUAAUGGGGAUGAGGCUGGUUUUUGUCAUGUGCUGACCAGUGUCCACCACUCUCACCAGAAUUACUUCACGGGUCUUUGCCUGUUUAUCCAAGUGCAGAGGUGAAUGUGGAACAGUGUUAAAUUGUGAUGUAGUUUCAAAGUCAGGAAUAUUCUUGAUGUAAGCAUACAGGGAAAGGGGACUUGUCAAUGGAACUGGGAAAAUCCCUGCACUGCCCUUAGUAAUUGUUGAUGAAAUGAAAGGCUAGGUCUCAAAAUAAUCCUCUUUAAUUAGGGGGAAAGUUAGAAUUUCAAAUUUCAAAAUAAAUUUAUUAUCAAAGUACAUAUAUGUCACCAUAUCCAACCUUGAGAUUCAUUUUCUUGCAGGCAUACUCAAUAAACCCAAUAACCAUAUAGAAUCAUUGAAAACUUGCACCAGCAGGGCGGACAACCAGUGUGCUGAAGGCAGCAAAGUGUGCAAAUAUAAAAAAAGAGUAACAAUAAAUAAAUAAGUAAGCAAGCAAUAAAUGUUAAGAACAUUAGAUGAAGAGUCUUUGAAAGAGAAUCCAUAGUUUCUGGGAACAGUUCAGUGAUGGGACCAGUGAAGUUCUCCCUCUCGUUCAAGAGCCUGAUGGUUGAGGGGUAAUGACUGUUCCUGAAUCUGGUAGGGUGAGUCCUGAGGCUCUUGUACCUUCUUCCUGAUGGCAGCAGCCAGAAGAGAGCAUGACCUAGAAGGUGCGAGUCCCUGCUUAUGGAUGCUGCUUUCCUGAGACAAUGUUUCUCUAUUCAGUGAACUCUGUGAGUACAUUGUGAAGAGAUGCUGUUAAUAUCGUUACCGGUUUUCUUCAGAACUGAAAUGCAGAUGUCCAGCCCCCAAAGCACAUGUUGUGUGUGUCUGGCACUAAAAUUCAGCAACUGAAGUUGUCUUUGACCUAUGUGGAACACUUAAGCAACAGGCAGUGCUGGGCCAAACUCUGGGCGUCAUUGUGUCACUGGAGUAAACACUAUCACUAAAACACAGGAGUGAACACGCAGUCUUGUGGUCGCUGGAAAUUUUUUGUUAUGUAUUAUCUGUUACUGACAGCAGAGGGUGUGGAUCACUAAAGUUGCAGACCUGAGGGAAACUCACUGAGUGCAGCAUCACACUGUUGAUAGUAGAAUUGUUUAGGAAUUCAAUACAAAUAUUUGUCAUUCUUUAAUAUUUUCAAUGCCAGUCCCUGUGUUUAAUAGUCAUAGUCGUACUUUAUUAAUCCCGGGGAAAUUGGUUUUCGUUACAGUUUCUCCAUAAAUAAUAAAUAGUAAUAGAACCAUAAAUAGUUAAAUAGUAAUAUGUAAAUUAUGAAGCAAGUCCAGCCUAUUGGCUCAGGAUGUCUGACCCUCCAAGGGAGGAGUUGUAAAGUUUGAUGGCCACAGGCAGGAAUGACUUCCUAUGACGCUCAGUGCUGCAUCUCGGUGGAAUGAGUCUCUGGCUGAAUGUACUCCUGUGCCCACACAGUACAUUCUGUAGUGGAUGGGAGACAUUGACCAAGAUGGCAUGCAACUUAGACAGCAUCCUCUUUUCAGACACCACCGUGAGAGAGUCCAGUUCCAUCCCCACAACAUCACUGGCCUUACGAAUAAGUUUGUUGAUUCUGUUGGUGUCUGCCACCCAUCUGGUAGUUUUAAUAACAGCAAAGAUUAUUUUUUAAUUUAGAGAUACAGCACGGAACAGGCCCUUCUGGGCCAACAAGCCGCACCACCCAGCAACUCACCGAUUUAACACCAGCCUAAUCACAGGGACCAAUUGACCUACUAACUGCUAAGUCUUUGGGCUGUGGAAGGAAACUGAAAGAAACCCACGCACUCAAGGAAAGAGAUACAAACCUCGUACAAAGACGCCGGAAGUGAACUCACAAAUCCGACGUCCCAAGUUGUAGUGGUUUUGUGUUAACACUACCUUGGCACCCCACAAAUGUGCGUACCCUAAUUCUAAAGCCGUCAUAGUGCAAAUUUGGAGAUCAUUUUCUGAAUGCAGCAGUCCAGAUUUAGGAACAGUUAUUACACCUCAACCCUCAGACUCAUGGAGCAGAGGGGAUAACUUCACUCAGUCAAUGCUGAACUCUUCCCAAAACCUAUGGAUGCACUUCGAAGGACUCUCCAUCUCACGUUCGUGAUAUUUAUCACUUAUUUAUCAUUAUGUUUUAUUUCUUUGUAUUUACUGUGAUUGUCUGCAAAUAAAUGAAUCUCAGGGUUGUAUAUGGUGACAUAUAUGUACUUUAAUAAAUUUACUUUUAAUUUUUGAUUCCUCCCACAGUAGCAAGGUUAACAGUGUGAAGCUGUUUCUAGAUUGAGGAUUAAUGAGGACUAUCCAUUGAAAGGAUCGCAGGUUUAACAUCUGUAUUCCACCAGUGCAGUAGGUUCCCCUGGAACACGUUCCUGUCCUUGAAGCAGCAUCUUUUUCUCUGUCUCCACCUCAGAUCCAAGUGCAACAGCUUGCUUGGAACUAGAAUCUAAUUGUGAGUACCUUGUCCUUCACUUUCUGCUUUGAUGGGCCAAGUUCCUGGGACAUAGGAAAAUGAGAGGAGACUUGAUUGGUGUUCCGGUAGCAUUGUGGUCAGUGCAAUGCUAUUUUCAGCUCAGGGUGUCAGAGUUUAAAGUUCAAUUCCAGUGUCAUCCGUGAGCAAGUUUGUGCUUUCCUUCCCGUGUGCAUGUGGGUUUCCUCUGGGUGUUCUGGUUUCCUCCCACAGUCUGAAGUAGUACAGGCUAGGGUUAAAAUAGGUGGGUUGCUGGGUGGCACGGUUUAGUAGACUGGGAGGGCCUGUUCUGAGCUUUAUCUCUAAGUAAAAAUAAAAUAUAAAAUCAAAAAAUAUGCAAAAUUAUGAGGGUAUAGAUACGGUAAAUGCAGGCAAGAUUUUUCCACUGAGGUGAAAUGUUUAAGGGAAACUUUUUCAUUCAGAGGGUGGUGCAAGUGUGGAAUGAGCUGGCAGUGGAAGUGGUGGAUGCGGGUUCUGGUUCGACAUUUAAGGGGAACUUGGACAAGUACAUGGAUCGGAUGGGUACAGGGGGCUAUGGUCCAGGUACAGACCAAUGGAACUAGGCAUAAUGAUAGUUCAGCACAGUUUAGAUGGGUUGUAGGGCCUAUUUCUGUGUUGUAGUCCAUCCUCUGCUAAGUCAGAAAUAGAGAAAUGGAUAAAUAUUCAAAGCAGUUUCCCACUCUGCUGCUGAAGGAGAUAUUUAAUGGACUUGAGUGCAGUGUCAGAAUACAUCCUCGGGAGGUCACUGUUGCCAAAGAAGCCAACUGGAAGUUUGACUUGUGUCAGUGAGAGUUGGCUAGGAGAUAACGGCUCAGUUGAAGAGCAAAGGGUUGUCCAGUUUCACAACCAAUUAUUUUUAUCCUUUCUAACAACAGCAACAUUUCUGUAAUUACAAAUGUGCAUAUGAAGGAAUUGCAGGCUGCAGGAAAAGACUUGAGAGAGAAAGAUUAGCUUUAUCACACGUACAUUGAAACACAGUGAAAUGCGUUGUUUGCGUAAGCACCAACACAGUCCAAAAUUGUGCUGAGGACGAGAAUUGUACCCAAUCACUAGCGCUGUAAAGCAUCAUACGAACCGUUACGUUACCAUGCCGCCCAGAGAUUGUAUGUUCAUCACUUUGUUAUUCGAAUAAAAAUCUUCCUCAUGUCUUAAAUUGAUAGCAGUUCAGAUUCAGUUUCUCAGAUGAAUCAGGUUUAAUAUCACUGGCAUGUGUUGUAAAAUUUGCUUUAAUAUAUACAGUAUAUAAAAUUAAAUUAAGUAGUGAAAAGAGAGCAAAAAAACAAUGAGCUAGUGAAUGACCCUCCUGAUGAAGGGUCUCGGCCCGAAACAUCGACUGUAUCUCUUCCUGGAGAUGCUGCCUAGCCUGCUGCGUUCACCAGCAACUUUGAUGUGUGUUGUCUGAAUUUCCAGCAUCUGCAGAAUUCCUCGUGAAUGAGCUAGUGUUCAUGUGUUCAAUGUCCAUUCAGAAAUCUGAUGGCCGAGCUGAAGAAGCUGCUCCUGAAAGGUUGAGUGUGUGUCUUCAGGUUCCUUUAUCUCCUCGAUGGUAGCAUUGAGUCGAGGCAUGUCCUGGGUGAUCAUAAGAUAUAGGAGCAGAAUUAGGCCAUUUGGCCCAUCGAGUCUGCUCCACCAUUCCAUCAUGGCUGAUCCUGGAUCCACUCAACCCCGUAUACCCGCCUUCUCACCAUAUCCUUUGACGCCCUGACCAAUCAGGAAAUGAUCAACUUCUGUCGUAAAUACACCCACAGCCUUGGUCUCCACCGCAGUCUGGCAGAAUAUUCCACAGAUUCACUACUCUGGCUAAAGAAAUUCCUCUGUCUAAAAUGUCACCCCUCAAUUUUGAGGCUGUGUCCUCUUGUUCUGGAUAACCUCCACCAUAGGAAACAUCAUCUCCACAUCCACCCUCUCUAGUCCUUUUAACAUUCUGUAAGUUUCGAAGAGAUCCACCUACCCCCAACCGUCAACUCUGAGGCUUCUUUCCUGCAGUUAUUCAGUUUCUCAACAAAACUCACUCAGGUGUAAGACCCUGAUGCUCAGAUAUGGCCUAGGAUAUGCUGGGACACAUCAUCAGUAAUAUAACCUGGGGUCAUCACAUGUUUACGGUCAUUCAACAUCGGACACCUUUGCCCUGGCAACACAAUCAGGGAUGAUCAGGCCCAGGCUGUGUCCCAGCAGCAUUGGUCCGGUGGUGGGGUGGGGGGAGUGGGGGCUCACACCUCUUGAUCCAAAGCCAUCUGGAGGCUUGCUCAGCAGCCUCUGACAGUCCUGACUGCUAACUGUCCCUGCAAAACAUCUGCUAAAUGGUAUUUCCUGCUCUCCUUGUCCUAAUUAUUAAGACUGCUCAUACGCUCAGAUUUAUUUGUUUAAUUUCUGACAUUUGCACAUGUGACUGUUCUGCUAAUUGGUGAUUGCUCAUGGCUAUUUGCACUAUUGUCUUGUAAAUUGUUGCUUGCUAUUAUGUUGUCUGUUAUAGUAUUGUCCUGUGUUUUAUACUUGGGAGCAAACCGCUAUCAAUUCUGGUAUGUUUCACAUACUGGCAGAAAAAGUGAUUCUGAUUCUGAUAACAAGACAGAUAUUUGAUAAUUUGGCCUAUUUUCAAGCUGUACAUCUCAGUGGCAAUGAACUCCACCAGUGUCUCUGGAACCAGGCUUAUCAGAGGAAUGCCAGACAGGGUGGAAAAAAAAAGAAACUUGUUUAUUUUUAACUUUUCACCACAUGAGCACAGCACUGUAGUGUAGUGUUAGUGCAUCACAUUACAGUGCCAGCAAUUGCUGAUCAGGGUUCAAUUCCCACUGCUGCCUGUAAGGAUGUAUGUUCUCCCCAUGACCACAUGUGGUUCCUCCGGGUGCUCUGGUUUCCACCCACAUUCCAAAGACAUAUGGGUGAGGUCCUUAAUGGAUGCCGCCUUCUUGAGGGAUCUCCUUUCAAUGAUACCCUUAGUGCUGGGGAGGCUAGUGCCCAGUGAUGGAACUGGCUGAGUUUACAACUUUCUGCAGCUUAUUUCCGAUCCUGUGCAGUUGUCCCUCAAUACCAGAUAGUGAUGCAACUAAUUAGAAAGUUCCACACAGUACACUCCUGUCGAAAUCUGAGAGUCUUUGGUGACAUAACAAGUUUCCUCAAACUCCUAAUGAAAUAUAGUCGCUCUCAUGUCUCUUUGUAAAUGCUUUAUGGCUAGAAAUUGUUACUGUGACUGGAUUUAGGCAUUUUAAUCUGGGCCCAACUUAUCGAUGAAGCUAUAAGGAAGGCAACAUGUCACCAAAAACACUCACAAAUUUCUAUAGAUGUAUAGUGGAGAGCAUUCUGACUGGCUGCAUCACCGUCUGAUAUGGGGGGGGGGAGGCAGCAACAGCACAAGAUCGAAGUAAACUGCAGAGAAUUGUAAAAUUGGUCAGCUCCAUUGUGAGCACCAGCCUCCUUAGUAUCCGGGACCUCUUCAGUGCCUCCAAAAAGGUGGUGUCCUUCAUUAAGGACCCCCAUCACCCAGGACAUUUCCUCUUCUCAUUGCUACCAUCAGGAAAGAUGUACAGAAGCCCAAAAGGCACACACUCAACGAUUCAGGAGCAGCUUCUUCCCUUCUGCCAUCAGAUUUCUGAAUGGACAUUGAACCCAUGAACACUAUCUCACUAUUUUUUAAAUUUCUCUUUUCACUUUUACACUAAUUUAUUGAAUAUAUAUAUUCGUAGUGUAAUUCAGUUUUUUCCAUAUUUAUCAUGUAUUGAUUUGUACUGCUGCCACAAACGUAACAAAUAUCACAACAUAUGCCAGUGAUAUUAAACCUGACUGUGAAACUCCAGUGUGUUAUUUUUAAGCUGGUUAACAUGGACAAAUCUAAAAGCAGACCAAUAGUAUGGCAGAUCUCCAGUGUUCCUUGCACAUCUACUAUCAAUAGUAAUAUUAACUGGUCAUUCAUCUCACAUGGGAAUUGCUGGGCAAAGUGACUUUUCAGAACAAAAGCAACUUCCAUGAUGUAGCUUAUUGCCUGAGGAUACUUGGAGGCACAAGGAGGUAAGAAAACGCCAGAAGUGCCAGGUCUUUAUUUCUGCCCUGUAGCAACAACAAUUGAGACAAGGGAAUGUAUAUUGUAUACUAUGGUUCUACCUCAUCUGAAGGACAAUGCUACCUCAUCUGAAGGACAAUGCAUUAGGUGAAUAAAUAAAAUUAUGGCUAAGGGAUGUAUGAUAAAACAUUAAAACAUUCACUCUAUAAUCUCCGUGAUUCCUUGAAGGAUUUUUUUUCUUCUCUCCAGUUUUGAACUGAAUUGGAUAUUGCAGUGGUUGGGAGCCUCAUUCAGAAAAGAUAGCCUAGUACUUCAUGCAGUGAGCUAGCAUAGUCUACCAUGAACCUCACAAAAGGGCGGUGGAAGCUGAUAGAAUCUUAACUUCGAAAAGGGAGUUGGUCGAGUCCUCGAAGAGGGCAAAGAUGCAGAGAUGUUGACAAGGGCAAAGUUAUAGGAGUGAUUGGGUUAGUUCUUCCAAAAAAAGAGUUAGCAUAGUUACAGUGGACUAAAAGGGCUCAAUUUGCAGUGUCAUCCUGUAAGCAAUGAUCAUCGUUUAGAAUUGACGAUCCUACACUUAGCUGAAGAAUUUUUAUUAUUUUAACCAGCAAAUUUCCUCACCAACCACAAAAGCAAGUGGUGAGGGUAGACUAGCAGAACUCCAGUGCUUGGGAAUAGUAAAAAUUAUGGCUAAGAGAAAUGCAGUAAAAUAUUAAAGCAUUCACACUCUCAUAAUUUCAAUGAAUUCAAAAUUGGUAGGUGACUGAAUGGACAGCAAAAAGAUAUCAGUGGUCAAAAGGUUUAAAGAUUUGUAACAUAUAACACGUCAUUUGUGUCCAUGAACAAAACAGGCCGAGGAAUGUGCUUGGGGGCAGCCUGCAAAUGUCACCAUGCUUCUGGCACCAACAUAGAAUGACCACAAUUUACUAACCCUAACCUUAAUCUGUACAUUUUUCAGACGUGGGAGGAAACCAGAUCACCCAGAGGAAACCUACGAGGUCACAGAGAAAACUUGCAAAGUCCUUACAGACAGUGGAGGGAAUUAAAACUCAGGAUCAGAAUUAGGUUGAAUAACACUGACAGAUGUUAAGAAAUGUGUUGUUUUGCGGCAGCAGUACAGUGAAAUAGGUAAUGAAAAAAACUGAAUUACAAUGAGAAAUGAGGUAGUUUUUCAUUUUCUAUCCAGAAAUCUGAUGGCGGUGGAGAAGAAGUGAGUGGGUGUUUUCAGGACCCUGUACCAUCUUAUCGUCUCUUUGGUGGUAACAAUGAGACGAGGACACAUCCUAUGUGAGGGGCGUUCUUAAUGACAUGCCAACUUUAUGAGGCAUCACCUUUUGAAGAUGUCCUCAAUGCUGGGAAGGCUACUACUGCCCAUGAUGGAGCUGGUUGCGUUUACAACCCUCUGCAGCUUCUUCAGAUCCUGUGCAGUGGCUCCUCCAUUCCAGAUAGUGAUGCAACCACUUAGAAUGGUCUCCACAGACGUCUGUAGAAAUUUGUGAGUCUUUGACAUACCGUCUCCCCAAAGAUGCAUGCUGACUGCCAUGCUAUCGUGCCACCCUGUAGUCGAGUGAGAUCGACUGAAAAUAGGCAAUCUUGUCAAACAUUGUCAUACAUUUAAGAAGAUUUAAGGAAAGGAAAAACACAAUUUGUGAGACAAUAGUGAGAAUUGUGAAAAGAGUGAGAUCUUUAGCAUGUCUGAGGAUUCACAAAGGCAGCAGGACAAAUAAGCAGAGUGCUUAAGAUGCCACAGAGUAAGUUCAAUCUGUAAAUAUCAGUAAUUGGGCCACAACUAAAGCACAGUACCUUUCAGUUGGAUAUAGUACAUCUGCUCUUUGUGGUGUUUAUAAAUGACCAGGAUGAAAAUGUAGAUGGGAUGGUUUGUAAGUUUGCAGAUGAUACAAAGAUUGAUGGUGUUGUGGAGAAACUGGCAAAGAAUACAGUGGGAUAUAAAUCAGUCACAGAUAGGGCCAGAGAAAUGGCAUGUGGAGCUUAAUCCAACCGAAUGUGAAGUGGUGCUCCUUGGUAGGUCAAGUGUAAAGAGACAUUACAUUGUUAAGGGCAAGACCUUUAAUAGUGUUGAUGAACAAAAGGAUUUUGGGGACCAAGUUUAUAGCUGCCUGAAAGUGGCUAUACGGGUUGGCAGGUUGGUUAUGAAGGCAUUAUGGUAUGCUUGUCUUUAUUAGUUGAGACGCUGAAUUCAGAAGCCAGGAAGUCAUGUUGCUGCUUUAUAAAACCCUUGUUGUGUCACAUUUGGAGAAUUGCAUACUGUUCUGAUAGCUCCAAUAUAGGAAGGAUGUCAAGGCUUUGGAGAGGACGCUGAAGAUGUUUACCAGGAUGCUGUGUGGAUUAGAGGGCAUGAGCUAUCAUGAGAAGUAGGACAAACUUGGGUUGUUUUCUCUGGAGUGGCAAAAGCUGAGGGGAGAUCCGGUAGAGGUUUAUAAGAUUAUGAGAGGCAUAGGUAGGGUAGACAAACAAUGUCUUUUUUUCCAGGGUUGAACUACCAGAGGGCAUGCAUCCAAGGUGAGAGUGGGUAAUUUCAAAGGAGAUGUGAGGGGUAUGUAUUUUACACAGUGAGUGGAGGGUGCCUGGAAUAGGCUGCCUGGGGUAAUGGUAGAAACAGAAGCAUUAGGGACUUUUAAGAGAUGUUUAUAUAGGCACCCGUAUGUGAGAGAAAUGGAAAUAUAAGGACAUUGUGGAGGCAGAAAGGGUUGUUUAGUUGUCCAUUUGAUUACUAAUUUAAUUGGUUCGGCACAAGGCUUGUUCCCGUACAAGGUACUCUACUACGUACAGUUCUGGAUUCAACUUUUUGCCAAUGGUCCCUGCACAUGCCUAGGUCAGGUGUGAAGAACUGCUUGCAUUGGCUUUCCAUAUCUCACAAAUUUGAGAGUGUUUUGAAGAAGUGACCAAGAGGAUCUAUGAGAGGCUUUAUAUGUGGAUUUUUGUAAGACUUUUGACAGAACCUUGUGCUGUAGACUAGGACAAAAGGUUGGACCUGUGGUGAGUUAGCCAAAUGUUUACACAAUUGGAUCUGUAGUAGAAGUUGCAGAGUGGCGGGUAGAUUUUCAGAUUGGAUACCUGGGCCAGUGGUGUGGUGCAGGGACUGGUGAUGGGUCCACUAAUACUUGUAAUCUGUAUUCCUGAUUUAGGUGAGAAUGUGGGUGCCGCGAUCUGUGACUUUGUAGAUGACAUCAGAAUUGGUGGUGCAGUGUACAAUGAAAGUUGUCCAAGGUGUACAGCAGGACUUAGGUUAACUGGAAAAAUGGACAAGGGAAUAGCACGCACAGGGUCAAAAGAGGUUGCAGGGAAUUAUAGGCGCAGCCAGCUCCAUCAGAGACACAACCCUCCUGACCAAUGGGGACAUCUUUGAAAGGUAGUGCCGUGAGAAGGCAGCAUUCUUCAUUAAGGACCUUCACCACAUAGGAUGUGUCGUCUUCUCAUUACUGCCAUCUGGGAGCAAGUACAGGAGCCAGAAUAUUUUAGGAAUAGCUGAACAGUUUUGCUAUCAGAUUUCUGAAUGGUGCAUGAACAAUAUCCCAUUAUUCAUCUUUUGUGCUGUUUAUUGUAACAUAUCAUGAUAUUUUAAUGUUUUGCAAUGUACUGCUGCCACAAAACAACACAUUUCAGGACUUAUACAGUAAUAAUAAACCUGAUUGGGCAGGAGGUACAAAGCCUUAGUUCAUUAACAAUUAUUACUGUACAACCAUUAAACUCCUGAACCAGUGUGGAUAACUUCAAUCAGCACUACACUGAACUGAUUAUAUGACCUAUAGAGUCACUUUCAAUGACUCUUUACAACUCAUGUUCUCAGUAUUUUUUUGUUUAUACGGUUUUAUUUGCACAAUGGUUGUUUGUCAGUCUUUGUUCAUUGUUUUUUGUAAGUUCUAUGGUAUUUCUUUUACUUUCUCCUGUAAAUGCCUUCAAGAAACUCAAUCUCAAGGUAGUAUAUGGUAAAAAUACGUACUAUAAUAAUAAAUUUACUUAGAACUGCGAUUUUGAUCCGGGAGGACAGCCUGCAGUCAAUGAACAACACAGUGCUAAAUUGAACUGAACUGAAAUAAACUGAGCAUUCCUAGAUUGUUUCAAGGACUUAUGGUUUGAUGUUUUAUAUUUUUUUUCUGCUCUUUUUUACCAUUUGCACGAUUUGUUCUUUUUUUGCACGAUGGGGGUUUGUUUCAUGGCUGUGGGAAGUGGAA